AUGAGGCAAGAAGACAAAGAGGUAAGGAGGCAAGGAUGCAAAGAGACAAGGAGACAAGGAGGUAAGGAUGCAAGUGGACUAGGAGGCAAUGACACAGGGAGGCAAGGAGACAAGGAGAGAAAGAGGCAAAGAGACAAGAAGGCAAUUACGCAAGUGGCCAAGGAGGCAAGGAGACAAGGAGACAAUGAAGCAAGAAGACAAGGAGACAAGGAGGCAAGGAUGCAAAGAGACAAGGAUGCAAGGAGACAAGGAGUCAAGGAGAGAGGGAGGCAAACAGACAAGGAGGCAAGGAUGCAAGUGGCCAAGGAGGCAAGAAGACAAGGAGGCAAAGACACAAGGAGGAAAGGAGGCAAGAAAACAAUGAGGCAAAAAGACAAGGUGGCAAGGAGGAAAGGUGACAAGGAGGCAAGGAGGCAAGGAGACAAGAAGGCAAGGAUGCAAGUGGAUAAGGUGGCAAGGAGAAAAGGAGACAAGGAUACAAGGAAGCAGGGAUGCAAGUGGACAAGGAGGCAAUGA